AUGACUUCUGGUUCAUUUGUGGCUUCUACUGAUCAAGGAAGUAGCUCGACAGUGAGGAUCGAAGAAGAUGGUCCUCCGGUGGCUAACUACCCGAUAAUUCCUCGAGAUGAGCUCGAGCUGUGUGAGCAACUGGGUGCCGGUGCUUAUGGAUCGGUCUAUCUUGGAAAGUGGAAAACCAAAGGGAAAGUAAUGACUGUGGCGUUGAAAAAAGUUUUUAUGCUUGAAAAGGAAGCUGAUAUUUUGUCCAGAAUUCGGCACCGCAAUAUAAUUCAAUUUUAUGGUGUUUCGAAAACAGAUCCAGACUUCUUUAUCGUUACAGAAUUCGCCGAAGGCGGAUCAUUAUACGAUUAUCUGCAUAAUCCAGAAAACCCUGACCUCGAUUUCCAACAAAUCAUUUCUUGGGCUAUACAGAUCGCCUCAGGAGUGGCUUACUUACAUUAUGAGGCUCCAGAAACAAUAAUUCAUCGCGACCUCAAAUCGAAAAAUAUCGUCUUAACUGGUGAACACAUUUGUAAGUUGUGCGAUUUCGGUACGUCGAAGAAUUUGACUCAUUCUUGGACUGAACCGUCGUGGGGUGGCACGGCUGCAUGGAUGAGUCCCGAAAUAAUCCUCCAAAAUGAAGGCAUCACAACGGCGACCGAUGUGUGGAGUUAUGCUGUCGUUCUAUGGGAAAUGAUCUCACGAGAGGUACCGUAUAAAGGACUUACUGAAUUUUGCGUGUAUUCUUUGAUUGCCCAAAAAGGCGUGACUCUAGUGAUACCCGAAAAAUGCCCGUCGGCUUUUGCAUGUCUGAUGAAAAGUUGUUGGAAAGUAAACCCAAAAGAACGGUACACUAUGCAUCAAGUAAUCGACGCGUUGAACGCUAUGCGGGUGAAUGCGGAACUGAGCAAAGAAUGUGGCCACUUCUUGAAGCAUAAAGAUGAAUGGAAAUGUGAAAUUGAACAACAACUCGAAGAAAUUGAGGCACAGAAAAUAGAUUUUGCGAUAAAAAUGGGAGAAUUAAGUCGUCGAGAGAACGCUUUGAAGAAGAGAGAAGCAACGCAAAGAGGCAAGUAUGGAGAGGAACAACUUGAAGGCGACGUGGCGUUGUGGGAUGAAGAGCAAGUUUGUCAAUGGAUUCGACAGAUAUGCAAAACACUAGCUGUCAAAAACGAACUCUUGGAUCAUAUGAUUGCGUCUGUUCUACACCAUAAUAUAAAUGGCAAUCGGCUACUGGACGUAACACAAAGGGAUCUGGAAUGCCUCGGCAUUUGCAGUCUUGGUGUAAGAUCCAAUUUGUACAACGAAGUGGUGAAUCUGCGAAGAGCGAACGACCGAAUGAAGAAUUUUCCAUCGUUGCAGGUCUCCUAUGAACUUGAUCGCAAAAAGAAGCUCGAGAAGCAAUCUCCACCACUAUCGCUCUCACUCAUCCUACAUUUGACAUCGUAUACACGACCGUCUGAUUUUGAAUCACAUCCGAAUUAUCGUUACAAAAUACUGUUGGAUACUGAUUGGGAUCAACGUUCAUUGGGAGAUCGUAUACCAGAUGAUUUGUAUCAUUCACAAGUUCUUGUCAAGAAUAUUUGCAUAUCGAUUCUUUGCGAUGACACGAGUGUAAAAUCAGAGCCGUACAGAUGUGAUUCUUAUCCUUUCACAAUGUCCGAGUGGAUUGAUUCACCGAUGAGAAGCAGUGAGGUCGAGAUUGUGUGUGCAAUCUGCUAUACAGAUCGUGUGAUUCGUCCUCGUACCACAUGCAUUCGCACCAAACUAAACGACUUUUCUAGACCGCAAACACUCGAAAAUAAGCGUGUUCAAGUAGUGGUUCGUAGUUACCCUUCAACACCGUCCAAUCGUUCACGACAUCCAUCGUCUGCCUCUAUCGAACGUUCAUCUAGUUCACAUCCGCUGAGCGCUGAUUCUCAGGAAUCAGGAACGCCCAGCAUAUUACAAGGUGUUUGGCACAAUCGUGCAACGAGUAGUGGAAGCAUUUUCGGUCGUGAUACAUCAACCGACUCGCCCUCUCCGGUUCUGUCGCAAAAGGCUGUCACUAAAUCUCCUUUGUGGGCCAAUAUAGCGGCUGGUCUAAUGAGUUCUCCGUCACAAUCGUUGUUGAACACUCAACAAUCUACCUCAUCAUACAGUGGCAGUGAUCUAUCAUUCCAGCAGAGUGUUUCAAGAAAGGAAAUGAAACCAGCACAACUCCUACGCGAAAAGAUCCCAAUCGCGCAGAGUCGUACGAUCUCAUUAAGCGAUUACCUGCGUAAUGAUUCAGUUCUUGUCAAUCCAGUCUCAAAAGUGCACGAUAAAAUUGCUGAUGAACGUCUCAGUAGAACCAAGUCGAGACGGCAGACGACGUCGAAGAAACCGAGUGGCACGAUGGUUCAGUCAGGACGGCGUCGACCUCCACCGAUCAUUAUUCCAAAACUCAAGUUCCAGUUAACUGCGAAUGAAAGUACAAGCGCUUUGGAUGGCGGUGAUCAAGUGUCGCUUCUUGAUGGUCGCUUAAAUGAUAUGGAUUUGAACAAAGAAUUGGAUAGUGUUAGCAUUGACGACGAAAGGAAUGCAAAACGAAGUCAUGACUCUCAAACAAAUCCAGAAGCACAGCAAAACGACCAAUGCUGUUGCCAUCAAUAUCAAUUGUCCGCCACAGAAACGCAUGAGGAAAAGAAACGAGAGAAAAUUUAUGGUGGAUAUCAGAAAUGGGGUUGGAAAUAG